CAAUCAACCGCCAUUUGUACCCAUCAACGGACCUAUACAAAGUUCUGACCUACACUAAUUCCUUCGCUCUGUCUCUCCCAUCUCUGCAACAAUGGCGGCUGCCCACAUUCUCUCUCAAUCUCCAACUCUCCCUAAAACCCUAAACUUAUCUUCAAACCCUAAUACCCCAUUUCUCCCAAAACCAUCGUUUACUUUCACGAAAACCUUUACCCCAAAACCCUUUAAUACCCUCAAAUCAGUUCUUUCGCAAAACAAAUUUAAAACAAAGGCUGCAACAUUAGAGCCUGUAACCACCGAUUUCAAGCAUUGUUUCACAAAAGCGAAAGAUGGGUAUUUGUAUUGUGAAGGGCUCAAAGUGCAAGAAGUUAUGGAAAAUGUUGAGAAACGACCAUUUUAUUUGUAUAGUAAACCCCAAAUUACAAGGAAUGUUGAAGCUUAUUUAGAUGCUCUUCAAGGGUUGAGAUCAAUUAUUGGUUAUGCUAUUAAGGCUAAUAAUAAUUUGAAGAUUUUGGAGCAUUUAAGGAAGUUGGGUUGUGGGGCUGUUCUUGUUAGUGGUAAUGAGCUUAGGCUUGCUUUGGCUGCUGGUUUUGAUCCUACCAAGUGUGUCUUCAACGGAAACGGGAAGAUAUUGGAGGAUUUGGUUCUUGCCGCUGAGAGCGGUGUAUUUGUGAACAUUGACAGUGAGUUUGACUUGGAAAACAUUGUAUCUGCUUCUAGAAUUACUGGGAAAAGGGUGAACGUUUUGCUUCGCAUAAACCCUGAUGUUGAUCCUCAAGUACAUCCUUAUGUUGCAACAGGGAACAAGAACUCCAAAUUUGGCAUCAGAAAUGAGAAAUUGCAGUGGUUUCUAGAUGCUGUAAAAGCACAUCCUAAUGAGCUGAAGUUGGUUGGAGCUCAUUGCCAUCUUGGGUCGACAAUUACCAAGGUUGAUAUAUUCAGAGAUGCUGCAGUUCUUAUGGUCGAAUUCGUAGACCAAAUUCGUGAUCAAGGUUUCGAGAUUAGUUACUUGAACAUUGGAGGUGGUUUGGGAAUAGACUACUAUCACACUGGCGCUGUUUUACCCACACCCAGAGAUCUUAUUGAUACGGUUCGUGAGCUGGUCCUGUCACGAGAUCUCAACCUUAUCAUUGAACCCGGAAGAUCACUUAUCGCAAAUACUUGUUGCCUAGUUAAUCGUGUUACGGGUGUUAAAACUAACGGUACAAAAAAUUUCAUCGUUAUUGAUGGGAGCAUGGCAGAACUUAUCCGUCCGAGUCUUUAUGAUGCUUACCAACAUAUAGAGCUAGUUUCUCCAGCCCCAUCAGAUGCAGAGAUAUCCACUUUCGAUGUCGUGGGCCCUGUCUGUGAGUCCGCUGAUUUCUUGGGCAAGGAGCGUGAGCUCCCUACACCACAGAGGGGAGCUGGAUUAGUAGUCCAUGAUGCAGGUGCCUACUGCAUGAGCAUGGCCUCCACCUACAACCUUAAGAUGCGCCCACCCGAAUACUGGGUCGAGGAAGAUGGAUCAGUUGCCAAAAUCCGACAUGGUGAGACAUUCGAAGACCAUUUGAGAUAUUUUGCUGGUCUGUAAUUGUACGCAGCAAAUGAGGUUGCUGUCAUCCAACCCGAGGAAGUUCAGGAACUUGCCUUAAUGUAGUGAAAAUGAUGUAUUUUAGGCAAGCCGCUUAGAGUUUACACGUCGUACGUGUGUUGCGCGGUUUGUAUAAUUAUUCUUAAGUGUUUAGUCUUGUUUCCUCGUCGAUAGCUUCUUCAGAUCACUUCUUCUGCAUUCUUGUGUAAUUCGAAGGCUUUUGCCAGUCUCGUAUUUGGAUGUCUACUUUAAGGCGAAUAAAAUUAGUAUUGCUGAUUGCACCAA